AUGGGACGUCCUAAGCGAAACGUUCUCGCAGCCGCAGAAGCUGCUCUGACACCUCCUGAUGUUCUCGAGCCCAACCAGUCCCUGGUUCGCGUCGUCAAACCCGAGGGCAACAAUCUCUACACCUGCGAGCUUCCAAACACAAAGACCCUUGUCCUAGAACUAGGCCAGCGGUUCCGAAAUACUAUCUGGAUCAAGCGCGGCGGGUUCGUCCUCGCUGAGCGAUACGAAGACAGCAAGGAGGAUACCCGGGCAGAAGGAGAGAUUGUCAAUGUCGUUCGAGAUGAGAAGGCUUGGCGCAAACAGUCUUACUGGCCCAAGGAAUUUGUCAAGAAGAACACAUACGACCUGAGCGACUCCGAGGAAGAAUCCAACGUUGGAAAAAUGCCACCCAGUGACUCCGAAGAUGAGUGA